AUGUCCCUGCGUCGGCUCCUUUCUCGGCUUCUCCUCGGCCUUCUUCCGCUCGCCGUCACCACGACCGUCUACCUGUACCUCUACCCCGUCUUCUCCGGCUGCGCAUAUCCUCUCCCUUUCGACAAUCCCAAGACCUCACAAUCUACCAGCGCAUUCUUCCACACCCUCAAACAACACCUCACACCGCAGUCCACUUUCAAUCAAGACCCAGCGAUAGUCCGCCUCCUCGUCCUAGCCGACCCCCAGCUCGAGGGCGACAGCUCCCUCCCACGCCCGGAAAACGAACUCGGAGCCCGACUUCAAAAAUACUGGAACGAUACCCUUGAAUCUGUCAACAACACGCCGUUCCUUGCCAACCUCGAUGCUUGGAAGACGAUUUCAGCAGCCCUGCGGAGCCUCGUCGCGCAAGAUAUCCCGCGCGCCUUUGCCGCACAGCGAAAGCGACUCGAUCUGCUAGGGAACGAUUACUAUCUCGCGCACAUAUAUCGCACAUUACACUGGUGGACAAGACCGACGCAUGUUACAGUCCUGGGCGACCUUAUCGGGAGCCAAUGGGUCACGGAUGAGGAGUUUCGGCGGAGGGGAGAUCGGUAUUGGCAGCGUGUCUUCAAGGGGGGAGAGCGGAUAGAUGAUACGAUUACCCGAACGGGGAAAGAGGACUACGUUGAAGUUGCUGGGGUCGAGAGCGACAAGGAGCUACUGCCCUCCUCGCCCUCAUGGGCACACCGGAUCAUCAACAUCGUUGGCAACCACGACGUAGGGUACUCGGGGGACGCCAGCGAACGCCGUAUCUCGCGUUUCGAGAAAGUCUUCGGCCGUGCGAAUUGGGACAUCCGGCUCCAUCACCCCCCAGUUGGGAAUCUCACGCCUACGCUACAUCUGAUUAACCUCAACAGCCUGACGCUCGACGGACCGGCUUAUUCCCAGGAUAUCCAAAGCCAGGGAUACGCAUACAUUAACAGCCUUCUUGACAGAUCCUAUACAGUUGAUGACCGAAGCACGUUUACGCUCCUGCUUACUCACCUUCCGCUCCAUAAGCCGGACGGCGUCUGCACGGAUGGCCCUUACUUUACCUACUUUGAAAAGGACGACGAAUCAAGUAAAGAGCGGUAUAAGGCCGGUGGACUGCGCGAGCAGAACCAUCUCAGCGAGCACGUGAGUUCCAACGGGGUUUUGCAGGGGAUCUUUGGAAUGAGCGGGGAUGAGACUGCGCCGGAAGGUGGACGGGGGCGAAACGGGCUUAUUCUAACGGGCCAUGAUCAUACGGGAUGCGAUGUCGUUCAUUCGAUACAGAAAAAACCACCGUCGCUUGCUGAGAACAACGAAGAUGCUCCCCCUGACGAAGCCAACGACGACCAACCGGCCUGGACAUGGAACACCACCCGGUACAACCCUAACGCCCAAAACCACGAUCAAUCAUUCUCCCCGUCAAUCCGAGAAAUCACCCUCCGCUCCAUGAUGGGCGAGUACGGCGGCAACGCAGGUCUUCUGUCUCUUUGGUUCGACGCUACCACGUCAGAGUGGAAGUACGCCAUGACCAUGUGCCCCGCCGGCGUGCAGCAUAUUUGGUGGGCGGUGCAUGUAAUUGACCUUAUCACGCUGGUUGUUGGGAUCCUGUAUGCUUUGGUCUGGGUGCUUGGAUAUUUUGGGUCUAAAUUGCCAUCCAAGCGACUUGUCGCGGCUGAUAAGAAGAUGAAAUAA